AUGACAGGUCGUACACCCGUGGCUUCUGGCACUGAUACUGACGCGAUCAUAAGGGUAAACCAGACCUCCGACAAGGUUAUAUUCUGCCUGUGCUUGGACGGCGCUUUUAAGUUGAAAGUAAGCUUGAAUGAAGUGAGCGGAUCGCCAAGACGUUUGACAUUCGUUCGUCGGGACAAGCCCCGAGAAACAGAAACGUGGAGCCAGUCAUUUGACCCACUCGGAAGAAUUCUGGAAGUGGUGAGUUUGAAGAAUAAGUGCUUGUCGAUCACCCUACUCUAUCUCCCGAGUCCGAUGAUGGCCAUCAUCAUCCAGUCUGAUUAUGGUCUGGAUCGCCGAAACCAAGAGCCGUGA